AUGUUUGACUUAUCUUCGGUAGAGAGUAAUUAUUCUACUUUUGUUAAUCAAACUCGAAAUUACUUAACUAAUUGCUUAAUUGGCAAUGCUCACUUGACCGGUGAAGGAAGUUUAUUAGAAUAUUUUGACGAGAUUAUUGAAGAGGUUAUCGAAAGAGGAGAAAUUGCUAUCAUUGAAUAUCCCAACACCAAAGAAAAAUUUUUAGCUAUUCCGAGAAGUAAAAACCAAAACUUACUCCGAGAGCCUUUAAAUUUAGAAUUUCAGUUAUUAGAUAACAGUAAUAUCAUAUUAGACGGAAAAGAAGUCGAAAAACUAGUCAAUAUUUUAAUCCAAAUGGAAAAAGAAAUCUUUAUGAAUGAAAAAGGUAUCAUGGUUACUCUGCCCCAAUGGCCUGAUGAUGAGGAUGUUAGUCUAAUUAUGAAAUCUUUCAGUAAAAAACCUUUCUUUUUCAUGUGCUUGCCCAAAAGCCAGCAAGGCAAUCCCAAAGAGGGCAAAUUAGGGAUUGCUCCUCAUCAGAUUAAGACUGAAUUUUGA